CGGGACAUUUUGCGUAGUUUGCUAUUCACGUAAAUUGUUCCGCACAAUUCACGGCCCUCGUCUGACACAGCAGUCUGGGGCCGUCUACGCAAAGUGAUUAAAUCGACAGCGGUGGUCGGUUCCAAGCGGUGCAGUGUGUCACUGGGCGGUGGUAUCAGGGAGGAAAACGACGAGCCAACAUGUCGAUACGGAGGAUCACACAGGAGACGUUUGAUGCUGCUGUCAGGGAAAACAUGGAGGAGUUUGAGAUGGAACCUGACGAGGCUCUGAGAGAUGCUGUGGAGCAGUUCGAGUCUCAGGGUGUGGACCUCAGUUGUAUAGUAAAAGCUGUACAGGCUGUAUCAUCUGGCGAGAAACAAGAAGAGCAAACACAUGAAGUGUUACAGGCUUUGGAAUCCCUCCGAAUUGGAAAAGACUCUGCCUGUGUUAUCGAACUGACAGCAGACUUAAAAUGCUUCACUGAGCAGUGCUCUCUUGGAUUUGCCCAGAGGUACCUGGCAGCCCAAAAAGAUGCCUACCCCAUCAUUCUCUGCUGCUGCAAAAAGAGUAUGGAGGAGCAGGAGGCUAUGUUGGCAGCUAUGUCUGCUCUGGCUGCACUGACGGAUGGACAGCCAGACUUGUUGGAUGCAGAGGGCCAGCAGCUCCUUUUGGAUGUCCUUAAGAAGUACCAGGCCGAUUUGUCUGUGACACGUGCAGCCAUCAGUGCUGUGCGUCACUGCUGUUUGAAACAUGAACAGAACAGACAGGAUCUGGUAAAAAAUGGAGUCCUGCCCCUGCUGACAGCUGCCAUUAAACAACAUGGUGGAUAUGCUGAGUUGGUGAAGGAGGCCUCUGCAGCUCUCAGAGUCAUGACCUUUGAUGAUGAUGUCCGGGUUGCAUUUGGAAAUGCUCAUGAACAUGCCAAGAGUAUUGUUCUUGAGCACAAUGGACUGAAGGUCUUAAUUGAGGCUGCGAAAGCUCACCUUGAUAAUGUUUCUGUUCUGAGUGAGCUCUGUUCAACAUUGUCCCGUCUGGCUGUAAGGAAUGAGUUCUGUCAAGACGUCUGUGACCUGGGAGGAUUAAAGCUCAUGAUGACACUGCUCGCAGACUGCUACGAGAUAGCUGAGUUGGUUCGGCAGGUCCUUAAUGCAAUACGAGCCUUAGCAGGAAAUGAUGACGUGAAAGAUGCUGUUGUUAAUGCAGGUGGAGUCGAGCUGAUUGUCAUUGCCAUGAACAGACACAUUAGCAACGCUGCUGUGUGUGAGCACGGCUGCGCAUGCCUCUCUGUCCUUGCCUUGCGUAAACCAAACAACUGUCAAGUCAUUAUGGAGAAUGGAGGUGCCUUGGCUGCUGUGCAAGCCAUGAAGAUGCAUACUGAUGUGGUUAAUGUGCAGAAACAGGCUUGUAUGCUGUUGAGAAACCUGGUUUCACGCAUGAGCAACUACAGCCAACCAAUCCUGGAGCUGGGAGCUGAGGCCCUGAUAGCUCAGGCAGUAAAGACCCAUCAAGACUGCGGUGACCUGGGUAAAGCAGCCCUCAGAGAUCUGGGAUGCCAAGUGGAGCUUCGAGAGCUGUGGACUGGCAAACAUGGCAGCCUCACCAACUGAAAGAAGACAAGGGCAUCAUUGACAUCAUAUACUCUUACAAUGAGUUUGCCUGAAAUGCAGUUAUAAGAAGGUGAAGUGUUAGAAUUUUGGAAAGUGUACAUAGCCAAGAGUUGAAGGUGAUGCACUUACCAAGCCAGACACAUUUUUACAGAUUAGUUGUUGUAGAAAAGACAAACAGUCUUCUGUGAACAGUGCAAACAAACAGGCCACCAGUCCCACUCAAUGCUCUUAAGAGGUUGAAUAUAUUUUUUCCAGUCCUUUUUUUUUCUGUUUAUGAUUAGUGAAAAGGUCAAUGUAGUCCUGUUGUACAUAUUUUAUUUACCAUUAACAUUUUUGUGUACCAAAUUAUGAUGACCAAUUGUAUAUCUUCAACAUAAAUUUUCACUAUGUGCUCAAUGUAAAUUUGUGAGUUUGUGCCAUGGGUAAAUAUUUUAGCGUAUUUGCUGCUAUGCAAAUAAUUGAACUGCACUGUUUUGCGCAGUAUGACAACUGUUUAUUGUACACGACUAUGAUAAAACUCAAUUUCGGUGCGUUGCGUUACAUUUA